AUGCCAGACUUUCACGUUUUUGCUAAUAAUUAUUCUUUCGAUUUCGAAGAUUACAUCAGAACAGAGCUAGGCCUAGGAGCAAACAACGAGUCAGAUCAAAUAUGUCAAGAUUUUUUGAGAGGUACAUGUACUAAAGGUCCAAAAUGCGAAUUUAAGCACACAACAAAUUUUCGUGAAAAAGCGGUUGUAUGUAAGCAUUGGCUGCGAGGACUUUGCAAGAAAGGAGAUCAAUGCGAGUUCCUUCAUGAGUUUAAUAUGAGAAAAAUGCCUGAAUGUUGGUUUUAUUCAAGAUACGGAGAGUGUAGUAAUGAAGACUGUAUGUAUUUGCACAUUGACCCUGAAAGCAAAAUUAAAGAAUGUGCUUGGUAUGCCAGAGGAUUUUGUAAACAUG